UUCAGCCUUGUUUGCUACUGACCUUUGAAAUGAUUUGCGUGAAGUAUCAUUAUGUGGGUGACACUGGCUCGAAGAUAUGUACGUCAAGAGUUCAACGCAACUUUAAAGGCAUAUCGUGACAUUCAGAGCUCAAUCAUCAUAUUAUUCACAUUUGAUUAAUAAAUAGUACAACCGCCCUUCCAUGACACUGCAGACCUUUUAUUAAGGUGGUCAGUGCAGUACGUGAUGCUUGUCCUGAGAGGUGUUAAUGCCCAGACUGUUUUUUGCAAAUAUGAACGUGUUUCUUCCUGUCUCUGUAGCCUACAGGAUACAUGGAGGCCCCUCUGUCUUACAGCACUAUCGAGGACCUACAGCUGUUGUCCUGGGACAACGCCCCCAAAUACUGUGUCCAGCUAAGCUUCCCUGGAGGGACAGUCCUCCUGCAGGCUGCUAACAGCUAUCUGCGGGACCAGUGGUUUCACUCUAUACAGUGGAAGAAAAAGAUCUACAAGUACCGCAAGGUUCUGAAUAACCCGAGCCGCUGGGACGUGGUUCUGAAGGAGAUCAGGGCCCUGGUGGAUAUGGCCCUCACCUCACCCCUGCAGGACGAAUCCAUCCAUCAGGCCCCUCUGCACAUCAUCUCCACCCUGCUUGCUGAGAACACUAACCUCAGCGCUCAGGACCAUGAGAACAUCAUUGUGGCCAUCGCACCCUUGCUGGAGAAUAACCACCCUCCCCCUGACCUGUGUGAAUUCUUCUGCAAGCACUGUAGGGAGCGUCCUCGGUCGAUGGUGGUGAUUGAAGUGUUCACUCCUGUGGUUCAGAGAAUCCUCAAACACAACAUGGACUUUGGGAAAUGCCCCAGACUCCGUCUCUUUACUCAAGAGUAUAUUUUGGCUCUGAAUGAGCUUAACGCUGGCAUGGAAGUGGUCAAGAAGUUCAUUCACAGCAUGCACGGUCCCACCGGACAGUGCCCUCAUCCUCGGGUCCUCCCCAAUCUCGUGGCGGUGUGCCUAGCUGCCAUCUACUCUUGCUACGAAGAAUUCAUCAACAGUCGCGACAACUCUCCCAGUCUCAAGGAAAUCCGAAACGGUUGUCAGCAGCAAAGUGAGAGGAAGCCGCCCAUGCCUUUACGCCUGCUGCGGCCCGAGCCGCCCACACCACCCCCGACUACCACCCUGUCCCCACCCCCGGCCCUGCCCCUCUCACCACCACCUUCCAUCGUCAAUUCCAGUGAGAUCCUGGUAGAGCUGGAGCGCAACAACAACACCACUAACACACUGCGCAAGGCCCCCGCAGAAGGCGUCAGCGAGCCCAACCUGAUCGACUGUCUACUGGUCAGCCCCGCGCUCAAUGCCCUGUCCAUUCAGCUGCCUGCUCACGCCGACAGAGUGCUGGGAUGUUUCGCCCUCAUCCUUAAAAUGCUAUCAGACUACGAUGACUGGAGACCAGCACUGGCCAGCCUGCUUCAACCAAUCCCCUUCCCGAAAGAGGCCCUUGCACAUGCCAAAUUCACAAAAGAGCUGAAAUAUGUCAUUCAGAGGUUUGCUGAAGAUCCCAGACAAGAGGUCCACUCCUGUUUGCUCAGCGUGCGCUCUGGAAAAGACGGGUGGUUCCAGCUCUACAGUCCAGGAGGCGUAGCUUGCGACGAUGAUGGAGAGCUGUUUGCUAGCAUGGUCCACAUCCUCAUGGGCUCCUGCUACAAGACGAAGAAAUUUCUCCUGUCGCUGGCUGAAAAUAAACUGGGACCAUGCAUGCUCUUGGCCCUGCGGGGGAACCAGACCAUGGUGGAGAUCCUGUGUUUGAUGCUGGAGUACAACAUCAUAGAGAACAAGGACACUCAGCUACAGAUCAUCUCCACCCUGGAGAGCACCCAGGUCGGCCUGCGCAUGUACGAGCAGCUGUGCGACAGACAGAGGGAGCUUAAAGAACUGCAAAGAAAAGGAGGCCCUACUCGACUCACUCUGCCAUCUAAAUCGACGGAUGCCGACUUGGCUCGUCUGCUGAGCUCCGGUUCCUUCGGCAAUCUGGAGAACCUCAGCUUGGCGUUCACCAACGUCACCAGUGCCUGUGCUGAACAACUCAUCAAACUGCCAUCCCUCAAACAGCUCAACCUGUGGUCCACCCAGUUUGGAGAUGCUGGGCUCCGUUUGCUGUCGGAGCAUCUGGCCUGUCUGCAGGUUUUGAACUUGUGUGAGACUCCAGUCACGGAUGCUGGCCUGCUCUCCCUCAGCUCAAUGAAAAGCCUGUGCAGCCUGAAUAUGAACAGUACUAAACUCACAGCGGACACAUAUGAAGACCUGAAGGCCAAACUACCCAAUCUAAAGGAAGUGGACGUUCGCUACACAGAGGCGUGGUGAACACGAUGCUCGAGGAGAUUUAUUGACAGGAAAUCGCUGACACAUCAUCUGAACACAACAUAAUCAAGAAGCAAGGACUGUGUUUAUAGGAACAUCAUUCAAACGACAAGGACCUUCUGAUAAUAUCAUAAACGCUCAAGAAUCAUCUAGUGUCUCAUCCGAGGAUGCUCUUCGCAGCGGCAUCAAAAUGCAAGAAUAUGUCCCGUGACAUCAUCAAACAGCACAGGAACCUUUCCAACGACAUCACCAGUGGACUUUUUCCUCUGUCUCGUUCUUGCCUUUAUCUCAGACCCUUCAGAGGAACCGUGUCCCUCGUCUUAACCCAUAACUGGCGUCCCUUUUUGUCCCCCCCGAAGACAUCAGACCACCUGGAUACAUUUCCCCUGUGGUACCAGCGUCUGGUGAAGGCCUGAAUAUUCAGAGCCACAUUCCAGUACAGUUUUGAUAUCACUUCCUGUGUGGAAAGCCAAUUUCCUCUUAAGUUUUUUUUCUUUUCUUGUUACAUGUGUGCUUGGUCCUCUUGGUUCAGAGUCCAUCAUUUUUGCAUCCUCACAGAGAUUUCUGGUGUAAAAUGUGUCUGUUAACAAUGUUCACGUUCAUCUCUAUAUCUCUAUCGCUCUGAAAAUCAUUUUUUUUAUCAACUUGAAUAAGCAUAUUUUUCCAUACACUGCUUUCAUAUACAUGUGUGUUUGUAAAGAAAAUCGACGUGUCCCCAUUUUUAAUGCGGACAUUUCUGGGGCUUCGCUCAAAAAAAAAAAAAAAAUCCUUUCCCUUCCUCUUCUCUCUUCUUUUUUUAGCCAUAUUGUACAGUGUAAUUUUAAUUUCACACCCGUAUUUAAGAGAACAUCGUCCAGGAAGUAGUCUGGGACUACUUUGUAUUUAUGUGCCCCCCUUUCUGGUCCUAUUUUCUUUUAUUAAGGUCUUUUGUCAAGCAUACUGAACCAAGAUGGUGCCUAAAACAUUUUCUGUAAAGAUUGCAUCACCUAGCAACGUCAGCUAAGUUGUACAUAGAUACAUUAUGAACUUUUAAACCGAUUAAUAGGCUUUAUUAUUCUCUGUAAACUUCUUCACCUCUAGUGGUCGAUAGGAGUCCACCAUGAUUGUCCUGCCACAACGGUUGACAAUGUUCCGCAUAUUUAUAUCAAAUCGAGCCAAGAUUUGUGCUAUGUUCAUUACGGCUUAUGCAGUUUAACCUUUUUAUAUUUUAGCGUCUCUCCAAACGUAUAGAUUAUGACCAUUGUAAUUAGUUAGUCAAUAUCUUGACUAGUAGAGAAACGAGACGGAUCUUGUAAAAAAAUUAAAAAUUAAAAAAAAGACGGCCUGAAAUAAAACGUUGAAUUUGCCGUCUUAACUUAAAUUGAGUUUUUCUUAUGUUUACAAAGGCGUGUCUGUCUCUACUCCCACUUUGAACUAUAUCCAGAUCGAGUUGCUGCCCCGUCCAUGUGGCUGGUCUUGAAAGUAGCAGUUUUAGGUAGUUCUAGAUUUUGUGUGUGCGUUUGAUUUCACACAGAUACAGAUGCCGUCCAGAGGGGGGCGUUCAGUACUGGGUGCCAUAAUGGCACCAACACGAGUUCUGCCAUCUUGCAUAUUUACAAACUGUAUAAUGUACAUAUGAGUGUAUAUAAUUUCCCAUUUCUCUUUCUCUCAAGUUUUUGGGAGACUCUUUGUUGCCUUCUUCUUUUUUUUUUUAGAUGUGUGCAUAAGGUCACCUAUUUUUGUUGCCCGUUUUGUUUCUCUUUUUGCAUGUUUGUAAUUUUAUCAUAUAGAUUUAAAAUCAAGGGUAAAAUCACUAGCCCUCGUCAACCACUUACCAUAAGAAUCAAAAUGUGUUUCUAAAAGUGAAAGAUGGACAGAGUUAGUGUGUGUGUGCGCGAUGUGAACGGAUGGAUUAUAUUGGGAGUGUGUUCUGAAGGUGCGUUCGUGAGUGGACUAGAAACUGUGCCAUUCUGUACACUGGUGAAACUCAAGCCGUGGUAAGGUACAUUGGAAUGGUCUUCAGUCCUAAAAGCAGACCAUUUUUCUCUGUGGCAGGAAGGAUUUUGUUAAGAAAUCAUAAUAAAAGCCAUCUCUUUGAGACAAUGGCUAAUCUGUUGAAGUUGAAAUCCAGUUUAUACUUAAGUCAACUGUUUCCGGAUUUAUUUGUAAUAUCCUGUGGAACUCACUGUGCUAUUUGUGUUUCCAAUGUCUCCUUAUCAUGUUAUGUCUCAUUAAUUUCAGCUUUUUUAUUUUUGUUGAAAAGCGCUUUUUGCGAUGUUGCAUUGAGACGGAGUCUUAAUAUGAUGUGGGUGGGGUCCCCUGCGGCCCCUGCAGCACAGUCGUGUACAUACAGAAUGAACUACAUUUCCCAUGACUCCUGGAGUUUUUGCAGAUACAACUGCUGCCCUUAUUUCUUCUGUGUUUUUCUGCUUCUAUCUACAGCUGGGUUGCUGCUGCUGCUCUGUGGCUGUUGUAAUGAGAACACAACCUUCAACAGGAAAAUAAGCCUAAUAUGUGAACCAGUUUCAAUCAAAAUAAACUGUCUGUGAAUAUGUUUCAAAUA